GUAUUGCAGGCCACCAGAAGAGGCAUUUGACGGUUUGGACUUCAGCGACGGGGUCGCGAAAAAUCCCAUGUCGAUUCCUGGCGUCAUGGAGUGUGGGUGGAUACCCGAACUCGAUGAAGUGCACCAGAGCAACCGGCAAAGUACGUUACAGGGACAGAUGUCUGCCAUUAUCACCUCUGUCUCGAAGAAACCAUUCGCUUGGCCCUUCCGGGAACCCGUUAGUCUCAGAGAAGCACCGAAUUACUAUGAGAUCAUCACGAAGCCGAUGGAUCUCCAAACGAUGAAGAAUAAGUGUGAUAGUGGUCAGUACCAAACCCGUGAGCAGUUUAUUGCGGACGUCGACCUCAUGCGGGAUAACUGCAUUACAUUCAACGGCAGAAACAGCGAAUACACAGAGCGGGCGAAUGAAGUUCACGAGUAUGUUGUAUCACGGGCGAAGAAACUUGCUUGUUACAUCAGCGAGGCAUCUGUGCGAAGUGCCCACACAUCUCGAGCGACCACUCCGGAAAGUGCAGAAAAAGACACUAUCACGUAA